UUAACCGGAUUGGUAACUAAAAUUAAUCCAGUCUUUCUGCGCCGAUCUGUCACUGCUGCCUUCGGACUGACGCCGGCCGUCCCCGUGUGUGUUUCCAGGCAGAUCAUGAGCAAAGACUCCCAGAUGAGGGCUGCAAUCAACCAGAAGCUGAUAGAAAUGGGCGAACGGGAGCGGUUGAAAGAGUUGCUCAGAGCGAAGCUGGUGGAGUGUGGCUGGAAGGAUCAGCUGAAAGCACACUGCAAAGAUGUGAUCAGAGAAAAAGGUCUGGAGCAUGUCACAGUGGAGGAUCUGGUCACAGAAGUCACGCCGAAAGGCAGAGCGCUUGUUCCAGACAGCGUGAAGAAAGAGCUGCUGCAGAGAAUCCGAGCUUUUCUAGCUCAACACGCAACCUUGUGAACGAGUCUGUCCAGACAUCUUUCUUUCUUUUUCUUAUUUCACUUUCCAUUGAUACACGAUUAAAAUCCAAUCUGAUGUGUGUUGUCAUUGUGAGCAAUGCUGAAGUGUGUUAAUUUUAUUUUGUAUUAUGUGUUUUCAUAUUGAUUUAAGUUUGUUAUGCUGCAAUUUUGAAAAAAAAAAAAAGAAAACAAUGAAAUAAAAUCAUGCCUAUUUUUGG